CUCGUCUCGGUCUGGGGAAGCAGCCGGCUAACCAGGAGCUUCAGGACCGGAGUAGGCGAGAGAAAGCGGUGGUAGCGAGGGAAGGAGGCCCCCGGCAGGCGACAGCAUGAAAUUCAGCGCAGCGCACUUCUUGCUGCCUCUUCUGCCAGCGCUGGUCUUCAGUACCAGACAGGGCUAUGAAGAGUUAGAGAAGCAACUGAAAGAAGUCUUUAAGGAGCGAAGUACCAUUCUCCGUCAGCUGACAAAGACAUCAAGAGAACUGAAUGGAAUUAAAGUCAAUCUUCAGUCUUUAAAAAAUGAUGAGCAAUCCGCCAAAACUGAUGUUCAGAAGCUUCUGGAAUUAGGCCAGAAACAAAGGGAAGAAAUGAAGUCUCUUCAGGAGGCCCUACAAAAUCAACUUAAAGAGACAUCUGAGAAAGCAGAAAAACACCAGGCGACUAUUAACUUUUUGAAAACUGAAAUGGAAAGAAAGAGCAAAAUGAUCCGAGAUCUUCAGAAUGAGAAUAAAAGCUUGAAAAAUAAACUAUUGUCAGGAAACAAGCUGUGUGGCAUUCAUGCAGAAGAGUCCAAAAAAAUCCAAGCCCAGCUGAAAGAGCUCCGUUAUGGGAAGAAAGACCUAUUAUUUAAGGCCCAACAACUUACUGAUUUGGAACAAAAGUUAGCUGUAGCCAAAAAUGAACUGGAGAAAGCAGCUCUGGACAGGGAGUCACAAAUAAAGGCUAUGAAGGAGACUGUACAACUUUGUCUGACAUCUGUUUUUCGGGAUCAACCACCCCCCUUGAGUCUAAUUGGAUCGAACCCAACACAGAUGUUGCUUCCACCCAGGACAACCUCCUCUAAGAUUCCGGACGUCAGGACAAAGAGCAAGGCACAACAAAUUACUCCUCUUCGGCACAAUGGACACAAUGACAGUUCUCAAGUUGAGGCAACAAAGGAAGGAAAUCCAAGUACCACCGUCUGUGAUUCUCAAGAAGCCAGCAGAAGUUGUUCCUUGAAGCACAAAGAGAAACCUACAAGUAAUUCCACUACAGAAUCAGAGCCUGCCCCAGAGAAAUUACAAAUGCCUCCUUGUUCUGAUUGUGAAGUGAAAAAAGACUCCAAAAAGCAAUUGAACAGCUUUGAAGGAAUGGCAGCUAGAGAAGAAAAAAUACUGUAA